AUGUCGCUGGCUGUGGAGACCUUCGGCUUCUUCAUGGGAGCCCUGGGGCUGCUGAUGCUGGGGGUGACCCUGUCCCACAGCUCCUGGCGCGUGUCCACCGUGCACGGGAGCGUCAUCACCACCAACACCAUCUUCGAGAACCUCUGGUUCAGCUGUGCCACGGACUCCAUGGGCGUCUACAACUGCCGCGAGUUUCCGUCGUUGCUGGCCCUCUCCGGGUACAUCCAGGCCUGCCGGGCGCUCAUGAUCACCGCCAUCUUCCUGGGCUUCCUGGGCCUCUUCCUAGGCAUAGUGGGGCUGCGCUGCGUAAACAUUGGGAGUAUGGAGCUCUCCAGGAAGGCCAAGCUGGCGGCCACUGCAGGGGCCCUACACAUACUGGCUGGUCUCUGUGGGAUGGUGGCCAUCUCCUGGUACGCCUUCAACAUCACCCAGGAAUUCUUUGACCCCUUGUAUCCUGGGACCAAGUACGAGCUGGGCCCCGCCCUCUACCUGGGCUGGAGCGCCUCCCUGCUCGCCAUCCUGGGGGGCUUCUGCCUUGGCUCUGGCUGCUGCCGCGCUCCCGACGCGGACCAGGCCCCCAGGCUCCCCUACAAGGCCUCCGUAAUGCGGUCCCCUGUCCUCACUGGCGGCCUGCGCCCCGCGGCCUCGGACGAAGGGGACAGCACCUUUGGCAAAUACGGGAAGAACGCCUACGUGUAGGACGCCGAUGGACCCCAUUCCCCUCCCAAUGCCCCAGCGGAGAAAGGCCUCCUGAACCUCGGGCGGCAGGCCGUGCUCCCACUCCACCCCAUGGCCAGAAGCCACGCCCAGCUCUGACCGCUCCUCUGGCCCCGCCUCCCACCCCGGCCACGCCUCCUCCAUCCGGCCGGGAACCUGCCUCCUUAGAACUCACCGCGGACUCCUGGGGCAGGACCUGGGUCUGGGCGCUGGUUGGCUAAGGGGGUGGAGGCGUCCCCUACCGUUUGUAUUGUGUAUAAAUACAUGAAUGAAUAAAUUUGUACUGUGAACUGUU